CACGGAAAACAAAAUGAAAUGAAGCCUACAGAAACAAAACCUUAUCAAGAGUAGAACCACACCACACAUCCCUUCCUUCUCUUCCGCCAUGGCAGCCUCCACAGCAUCCACCUUUCACAUCACUUCCUCUCCUUCCUUCACACUCACCGCUCCCAAACACCAACCCACCACCAUCAGUUUCCGCUCGCUUCAUCGUUGCCGCCUCCGUUCCACCACCACCUGCUCUUACAAAGUAUCAAUCGAACACGAGGGUCAAACGACGGAACUGGAGGUAGAUCCAGACGAAACGAUACUGGAGAAAGCGUUGGAUACAGGAUUGGACGUACCACAUGAUUGCAAGCUGGGAGUGUGUAUGACUUGCCCUGCAAAAUUGCUUAGCGGAAGCGUUAAUCAGAGCGAAGGGAUGCUGAGUGACGACGUGAUUGAGCGUGGAUACUCGUUGCUCUGUGUUUCGUAUCCCAAAUCGGAUUGCCAUAUCAAAAUCAUACCUGAAGAAGAGCUGCUUUCCUUGCAAUUAGCCACUGCCGAUGAUUAGAUUGAAUUUUGAUGUAGCUUUUUGAUUCCCAAAUUUUAAUGAAUCCUUUCGUUUUCCAGUUUUGAAUUCAAACAAAGUUCAUGUUGGAAGUAGCCAUGAAAGGCUAAACUAUAAGCAUCUGAUUGUCGUUAAUGUGAACCAGGAGAAGUAAUUCAACUUCUGUUGAUG